CAGCACAGCACAGCACAUCUCUUGUCAAGGCAAUUUUUAAUUCGUUUGUUUGAAUGAGUUUAAAUUAGAACCGCGCGCAAUUGAAAGAAAUCCACCCCCCCAUUUUCGAAAGCGGAAGCCAAUGAAUUAGGUUUGCUACUUGCCACGUCUGUAGAAAAAACAUCUUAGCUGAUUUGUAGCAGCAGGAUAACUAUCUAAACCAUCUAACACAGGGUUAGGCUAAUUUGAAAACAUUUUACUAAAUUAGGUUAGAACUGUCAAAUUUUAGUGCGUUAUUGAGUCACUGCUGUUAGGAGGAAUAACGUAUUUUCACGCCACUAAUCUACUACAAACAACGUUUUCCCGUCUUGGUGGGGCGUUGCUGCUUUUUUUUUCAUUUCAGGACAACUCCAGCUGAAGUCGAAGUUCUAAGAAACGUUUUAGAGAAGGAAAAAUCUAACUAGGCUUAGCCUACGCUCGCAAACAAGACAAUGUCUGGAAACAACAGCAUCGACGCGGUUAAGCGAAAGAUUAAAGUUUUACAGCAACAGGCAGAUGAAGCCGAAGAAAGAGCAGAAAAUCUUCAGAGACAGGUCGAGGUGGACAAAACAUCAAGAGAACAGGCUGAGGCUGAGGUUGCUUCCCUGAACCGGCGUAUCCAGCUGGUUGAGGAGGAGUUGGACAGGGCCCAGGAGCGACUGGCCACUGCUCUGCAGAAACUGGAGGAGGCAGAGAAGGCUGCGGACGAAAGUGAGAGGGGCAUGAAGGUGAUUGAGAACCGAGCCCUGAAGGAUGAGGAAAAGAUGGAGCUACAGGAGAUCCAGCUGAAAGAGGCCAAGCACAUUGCUGAGGAGGCCGAUCGCAAAUACGAGGAGGUGGCUCGUAAGCUGCUGAUCAUCGAGGGGGAUCACGAGCGCACAGAGGAGAGGGCAGAGCUUGCUGAGGCCAAAGCCAGGGCCCUGGAGGAGGAGCUGAGGGGUUUCGACCAAUCUCUGAAGUCCCUGCAGGCCUCUGAAGACCAGUACUCCCAGAAGGAGGACAAGUAUGAGGAAGAGAUUAAGAUCCUGACUGACAAGCUCAAAGAGGCUGAGACUCGUGCUGAGUUUGCUGAGAGGUCUGUGGCCAAGCUGGAAAAGACCAUCGAUGAUCUGGAAGAGAGACUGGCCAAUGCCAAGGAGGAGAACCUCAAGAUCCAUGCCACCCUGGACCAGACUUUGCAGGACCUCAACAGCUUCUAAGAACCCCUAGAUGGACUCUCCCAGAAAACCACCUUCCUCCACUUAUCCCUCUGCCAACCUUUGCUUUCCGCCUCUCUCUCAUUCCUCCUCGCUCUGCUGUAGUGGAGGGUAGGAAGAAUCCCCACUGGAGGGUGCCAAAACCACUAUUUAAGAUGACACCUUUAUUCUCAACAGCAUUGAUUGUUCUUGUUAAACUUGAGGUUUUCAAUGUGACAUCUUGCGGAAGCUCUUGCCUUUAUCCAUUGGAAUGGUGUUUAAUAGGGAAACUCUGUCGUACUUGUGUGGUCUAUUAUUCUAUCUUGUUUGUGUGGUCGAUUAUUCUAACUUCUCCUUGUUGGAGUGGGGCUAGCAUGACUGCCUUUAAGGAUUUAUUGCCAAGUUAACAAGAACAUGGUUAGGCCACUCAUCCAUUAUAGCCCAUUAGAAAAGGGGGGGAACGGGGCACUGUGUUUAUUACCAGCCAUUUACUACAUGUGAUUAUUUACUCCUGUCCUGCUGUUGUAUACUCUGGCCUGGCUUUAUUUUGUUCGCUAGCACCUUCCCCUAACACCUAAUCCCUGAAUGUUCACAGAUCUGAAAGUGGUAAAUAAGAUGGAGUAAAUGCCACUUGGCCUAUCAGAGGGAUGGGCCAUUUCCACAUUGCUUAGGCCUAUGCAGUCCUUUCUGACUAGUUGACACCAAAAAGGGUUAGUGGAUAGGGUACAGAAUGUAACUGGCUUUCUGUCCUCCUAUAUCCCUCCUUUUUGCCUACUUUACACCAAUACGGUUUGGGGCCAAAACCACACUGGGUGGUGUUUUUCCUAUUCAUUAGGUAUUUGUUUGUGUGCCUGAUAUUUUGUUUUAUCCCACUUAAACAAUAGCCACUAUCACAAGACAAUGCUGCACUUGUAUGACACUAAUUAUUUGGCUGCGUUUACAUGGGCAGCCCAAGUCUGUUUUUUCCACUAUUUGGUAUUUUGACCAAUCAUGACAGAUCUUUUCAUAUUAGCUCUUUUUCCAAGCUGAUCUGAUUUGGUCAAAAUACAAAUUAGUGUGAAAAAUAUUAGGUUUGGGCUGCCUGUAUCAACAGCCUUUUUAGUUUGACAGGUUUAUGGUGAAGUUCUCGGGAUAACAAAAAUCAAUGGCUAUCACCUUGCCAAUUAUAGAAAAUGGGUGGGGGAUCUGAUUAGUGUGAUGCAAAACCUAUACAAUUUUAGUAGGGUAUUAAACUAAAACACCAAAUUAACUCAAUGUUUUAACUGGAAACUCGCUGUGUAUAACCACUUUGUUUGUCUUGUUCCAUUGUAAUGACUUGAUGUUGAAUAAAGACCAUGAUUUUUACUGCAAUACUAAA